AUGCAUGUCCCGUUCGCUGUGGAGGGACGCGUGGCGGGAGAGACGGUGAGAAAGUCGAGCACGUGUGCCUCGCCUUUCCUCACUUUCUUGGGGAAGGGAAGAACCGAGGACGUCAUUCAGCUCGUGAACGCCCUCCAGGCUGCCCUCUCUCCGAGACUUCCCUCGAAGCUUCCUCAUAAGGCGACUCUCUUCGCGCUUUACGUCUCUCAUUUCCUCUCCCGAUGGACCAAUCGCUUGUGGGAAUUCGCGGUGCCGCUCUUUCUCCUAGACUCCUCGUACACUGCCACGUCAGCUUCCUCUUCCUCCUCUACAGUCACCUCCGGUAGUAGCGCCGGAUCAGCCUCUUUGCUCCUCGUGGCGCUUUACGGACUUUCCGAGUCGCUCGCGAUGUCUUUAUUCUCCGUCCCCAUAGGAACGUGGGUGGAUCUUUGUCCGCGUUUACCACUAGCUGCCUUCGCUAUCUCCGCUCAAAAUGCCGCUCUGUUUCUCGCCGCGAUUGCCGUCGCCGCUCUCCUCUACCUCGCCGACUUUCUCGCCGCACCCGCCGCCGCAAGUUCCGCUGGGCCUGAUCUUUUCGCAUGGGUGACCGGAGCAGCCGAAACGGGAGCUGACGUGGCGCUGGUGGCGGCGGUUUGCGUGCUGGGCGCUGCGGCUGCUCUCGCCGGAUUGGCGCGCGGGAUCGCGGUGGAACGUGAUUGGGCAGUGGUGAUUGCGGAUUGGGUUUGCGAGCAGGAAGGUGCUGCGAAUUUGAAAAGGGGAUGUGGGCGGCAGGGGGGAUGGGAGGACAGGGGGCAAGACGAAAGGGAGAGAGGAGGGGGAGUAGUGGAGGUGGUGGUGGGAAAUGAGGAGGAUGCGACUAAAAAGCAGGUGCCGUUCGAUAACGGGGAGGCUUGUAGCGAAUCAGCGCGGCGGGAGAGAGAGGAGGGGGGGAGGGACGGGGGGGGAGAGCAUCACUUGCGGACACACGUUGUAGAAGAGAGUGGAGUCAGCGAAGCAGGGGGGGGAGGGGAUGCGGACGCUAAUUGCCGGGACAAGGCAGCGCAGACACAGGAGGUUCUGUCUGUGCAGCAGCAGGGGCAGCAGGAGGGGAGGGAGGGACAGCAGGGACAGCAGAGACAGGAGCAAGAGCAGCAGGGGAGGGAGCAGCGGGAGCGCGUGCGAGCGCGGCUCAACUCCACUCUUCGCACCAUCGACCUGCUCUGCCGCCUGCUCGCCCCGGCCGUCACUGGCGCCCUCAUGGCCGCUGCUGUCUCUGCAUCCACGUCCGCCUCCGCCUCCGCCGCCUCCCCCUCCGCCACUCCCCCUUCCGCUGUUACAUCUCCAGCGUCGCCCGCACGUCACGAGUUACUGCCCGUGUCGCUGCCGCUCGCCAUGGCAGUGUGGGUCCUCGUGGCCGCUGCUGCGGAGCUGCUGCUGCUGGCGCUUGUCCACUCGCAGGUGCCCGCGCUGGGGGAGAGGCGCAAGGAGAGAGCAGGGGAGGGAAUGGUGGAGGACGAAAGGGCUGGUGAGAGGGAGAGAGAAAGUGAGGGAGGGGAGGAGGAAGAGGUGGAAGAAGAGGAGGACGAGGAAGCGGAGGAGGAAGAGGAGGAGGAACAAGGGAGAGGGAGAGGGGUGGGGCGUGGAGGGGAUGAUAAGAAUGGAGCGUUGGAUGUUAAGAGUCGAGUGAAAGCACAAGGGGACAAUGGGAAGGAGCAUGAGGGAGGGGAUGGGCAGAUCCUGGUCCCUUCAGCAGCUAAUCCAACCCCACCUGCUCCUAUCACCCCUUCAGACUCCCCAGCCGCCCCUAUCAUCACCACCACCACUACCACCAGAAGCAGCAGCAGCAGCGAGCCUCCCCUCAUCCCCUCCACCGCCCACAACCCUUCCUUCUUAAACCACCUGCUCUCCUCCCUCCACCACCUCCGCCUCCUCCUCACCUCCUGGCUGACCACCCUUCGAUCCGCCUGGACAGUUUACCUCCGCCAGACCUCCCUCUUCCCCUCCCUCGCCCUUGCCCUUCUGUACCUCACUGUCCUCUCCUUCGGAUCUCUCAUGUGCGCCUAUCUGCACUCCCAAGGCGUCCCUCUUGGUCUCCUAGGCUCGGCAAGCGGAGCCGCGGCUGUCACCGGCGUGCUCGGGGCAACCCUCUUCCCGAGCCUCUGCGCCAGGCUCGGGCCGAGCCGGACCGCCGAGGCUUCCGUGUGGUCGCAGCUGGCGUGCCUCCUGCCGUGUGUCGUCGCGGGAUUGGUUCUCCAAUCGUCAGGGCCGAUACCAGCAGUGCUGCUGAUGGCAGGAGUGGUGCUCUCAAGAGCUCCUCUCUGGGUGUUUGAUCUGUCUGUGCUGCAGAUGGUGCAGGGGGCGGUGGUGGAGGAGGAGAGAGGCGCGGUGGGGGGAGUGCAGGAGUCGUUGCAGCAGGGAAUGCAGCUGGUAGCGCUGGUGCUAGCUGCGGUGAUCAGCAGACCGAGGGAUUUCUGGGUGCUGACGACGGUGUCGGGAGGGGCUGUGAUGCUGGCUGCGGUGCUGGUGAGUGUGGAUCGUAGGCUGAGGGGAAUCUUGAGACGAAUCAGGAGAGGUGGUUGGCAGAGGCAGGCCGAGGGACUCAUGGGAGUUGACGGCAGGGCUGGGAGUGGCGCAGGUGCAGAUGAGGUUUAG